AUGCGAUCGUCGAGACUCGCGUCUGACGAUCUUGGUGAACGGUGUGUCAACUGGACGGGUGCAAUCGCUCAGCCAGGAUCGUAUCGGAAGUCGCGACACGCGAAUUACCUGAUGGACGAGGAUCUCAUGCUCAAGUGUCCGCAGUGCGGCAGAGGUUACAAGGUGAAGACCAGCCUGUCGAAGCAUCUCAAGUACGAGUGCGGCGGCCGUAGGAACUUCUGCUGCGACGUGUGCGGGCGCAGCUUCACGCAGAACAUCAGCUUACGCCGCCACUUGAUGCACAGCCAUAACCUCUACCAGCCGCCGAGGAAGUGCAUCCGGAAAAUGUUCGUCAAGUGA